UAGCUAUAAUACAAUAUUACACACCGUGUGAACAGUGCACUGUGAAUCACUACAAAACAAAAACACAAGAGACAGGUAUAGGUGAUGAUGCAGAUGAAUAUUAUUAGUUGCUCAAGUUCAUUUUCUCUCCUACUUGAAAAAUACUACGCAUGGACAUCAUAUGAACCUCAGCCAUAUAAACCCUCAGCUAAAUGACAAGCCACAGCACUCACAACUCACUCACGCAGGCAGUGAAACAUUUCUAGUCUAUAAUGUGAGGCAAUUGGACUACUUUAUAUACAUUUUUAAAACCUGCAUUUUUUAUGUUUAUUAUCCAUAAACAACAUGUCAAGCAAAGAAUCAAAGGGGAAGAUGUGUGCUGUAGGAGACAUGUACACAUUCACAUUGGACCUAAGUGCAUUCUCACCAGAGCAAGUGAUCGUUACUUCUUCACAUAACCUCAUUCACGUUUCUGCUGAGAAGAUGGAAUCAGACGGGACAAUCGUGAAUACAUUUUCACACAAAUGCCAGUUUCCAGCUGAUGUAGACCCAAUGUCAGUGACCUCAUCCUUGGGGAACAGUGGUACACUGAUGGUUAGUGCAUGUAAACAGAAAGCUAAAGGUUAGACAAUGAAUAAUUCAAAUUCAGUGUACAGUGCAAGUGUGGACUAGGUCUCUACAACAUCUGCAGAUUUAUAAGCUUAUACUUUUCUUGACUGUUUUUGUUUGUUGUGAUUAAUCUAUGAAA